AUGGUUUCCGUUGCCAAAUUCGGAUCCCGGUUCCUGCGCUUCAACAAGGACGAGGAAAAGUUUGUCAUUGCCUCUGUCCUCUUCAGCAACACCAACUCGCUCCCCAUGGCGCUCGUUCAAUCAUUAGCACUUAGCGCAGCUGGAGUCCAGUUACUCAGGGACGAAUUCGAUACUCAGGAACAAGCGGCUGCAAGAGGUAUAUCCUACAUCCUCUUCUAUGCCAUCUUUGGCAAUCUGGUCCGCUGGUCCUACGGAUUCUCAUUACUCGUACCAAAGGAUCCUGAACCCUUUUCAGCCCCCGUCAUCGAACCGCCACCAACAAUUCACAGGGCACCAUCGCUGCCUAAUGUCCUUAUCAAUGUGGAUGAACCUUCAGGAUCUGGAACGGCAAACCUCACAAUCGACACUGCACCCUCGUCUCCACGAACCCUUCAGGGCGAUCAUGACCACAACUACCCGGAAUACAUGGGUGACGACGACAACGAUACCGACGAUCAGGACCCACAGACCCGUCGAAAUUCAACUGUAUCUUUAUUCCGCUCAUCCAAAAAAGUCAAACAACACCGCUCAACGAAUCUCCAACCCAUCUCGCCUGUCCAGAACCCCACCGGAUUUUCUGCUCGCUUCACGCGACGCCGCAAACGCGCCAACGGAUCGACUCGAAAGAUGCUGAGACAAAAGGCGACAACGGCUAUCGAGCGGAUACGGCAGGUGCUGACGCCGCCCUUGUUUACGGCAUUGCUGGCCCUGGUCAUUGGAUUGGUUCCGGCUUUACAUCAGCUCAUCAUGGGCGCUGACUCCAAGUUCUAUGCAUAUGUCAUCCGACCGCUUGAGGGGUGUGGAGCAGCGGCCAUUCCCAUGAUUCUGCUCUGCCUUGGCGCGCAAGUCGUUCAUCUAGCCUCAGCAAACGCUAACCCCGCUCCUGACCCUACUCGACCCGCUCUCCAACGCCGUCGCAGCGCCAAUAUCGCGUCAGUAUUCCCACACGCACACUCUACCAGUGACUCGAGCUCUUCAGAGGAUGACGAACACGAGGAUCCUGGGUGGCAACAGAUCUCAAACCAUGGCAGCAGGAAAUCGCAACCACAAGCACAGGACAGGACAAGGGCAUCUCUCUCCCCCGCGUCCUCUCCGACAACUCUGUAUCGAUACAGUAUCGAUCAGGCCAGUGACGACGAGCUCCCUCUACCAACAGCAGCAGCAACAGUUCAAGGACCACUACCAAUUCCAUCGGCUGACAAUGGAUUGGCGGAGUCAGGACUCUAUCUUAUGGGCCAUCGGUACAAGAAAGUCACACCCGUCGCGUUCACCCUCUUUGCACGGAUGCUCCUUGUACCCUUGAUUUGUCUCCCCGCAAUCCUGUUCCAUCCGUCAAGCAUGUCGCCCAUCUUGACCAUGGACCCUACAUUUACGCUCACGUUGAUGCUCAUCGCCGCGUCACCGACGGCCAUCAAUAUGACCCAACUGUGUCAGAUCAAGGGGUUCUUUGAGACGGAGAUGACCCAGGUGUUGUUCUGGAGUUAUUGCGUGUUUGGUAUCCCUUGUGUCUUGGGAUGGUCCCUCGUCGGUCUCUGGGCUGCCGCACGGUAG